AUGUCGAACCUUGCCAAACUUGAAUUUGUGGCCCUUAAUAUCACUGGAAAGAAUUAUUUAUCAUGGGUGUUAGAUGCUGAAAUAUACCUAGAUGCUAAAGGGCUUGGUGAAACAAUCAAAGAGGCUAAUAAGGAAACACCUCAAGAUAAGACUAAAGCCUUGAUUUUCCUUCGCCAUCACCUCCAUGAAGGGCUCAAAAAUGAAUGUUUAAUUGUGAAAGACCCACAAAUCCUUUGGAGUAAUCUAAAGGAAAGGUAUGACCACCAAAAAACAGUGAUACUCCCUAUACCUCGUUAUGAUUGGUUGAAUUUAAGAUUGCAAGAUUUUAAAUCUGUUAGUGAAUAUAACUCAGCUAUGUUCAAAAUAACUUCUCAAUUGAAAUUAUGUGGAGAAAAUAUUACUGAUGCAGAAAUUCUUGAAAAGACAUACUCCACUUUCCAUGCAAAUAAUAUUGUCCUACAGACACAAUAUAGAGAAAAAGGUUUUUAA